AUGUCUGCCGAAUACGAUAACGAGAGCGGCCGUUACGAUGAUGAGCCGCGUUUCGCUCGCGACCGCAGCGCCUCUCCCCGUGAUGAGCCCCGAGCUGACCGCGACCGCGCCCGCAGCCGUUCCCCCAACGGCCGCCUCGACGAGCGUGGCCCCAUUGACCCCCGCAAGCAACUUGACGACGAAGAGGGUGCUACCAACACCGGUUCCAACCUUUUCGUCACUGGUAUUCACCCGCGUCUGACCGAAUCCGACAUCUCGCGUCUUUUCGAGAAGUAUGGCGACGUUGAUAACUGCUCCAUCAUGGUUGACCCUCACACUAAGGAGUCCCGUGGCUUUGGCUUCGUCAACAUGGUGACUUCUGACCAAGCAGAUGCAGCCAAGGAGGGUUUGCAAGGUGAGGUUAUCGAAGGGCGCACUCUAAGCAUUGAAAAGGCUCGUCGUAGCCGCCCCAGAACUCCCACUCCUGGCAAAUACUUCGGACCCCCCAAGCGCGAAUUCGGUGGUGGUGGACGUCGGGGUGGCCGUGGCGACCGCUACGAUGACCGCCGUGGCGGCUAUGGUGGUAGCUGGCGCCGUGGUGGUGACGACUACCGCUACGGCCGCUACGACUCCUACAGUGACCGUCGCGACUACGGCGGCCGCGGUGAAUACCGUGACUAUGGACGCCGCGACUACCGUGACGACUACGCAGGCGGCCCUGGUGGCAGUGGUGGUGGAUACCGCGGUGGAGAUCGCUAUGCCUCCGGCGGCCGUGAAGAUCGGUACGGUCGUGAUGAACGUCGCGAUGAUCGUCGGGGUGACGAACGCCGUGGCUACUAUGACCGUGAUGCUAACCCUCCCAGUUAUGGCCAUGGUGCUCCCUCUCGCGACCCGUAUGCCGGCCGUUCUUACGAACCCCGUGGUGGCGACGAUCGGUACGCCGGAAGGUAG